AUGCAACGUCUAUUCGCCUUCUGCAGUCCCGACUUCGGCUGCGAUCGCCGUGCGCGCAGCACGUAUGUAUUGGCCGCCGCGAUGGAGCAGCCGAGGUCGUCUGAUCAACGGCGCUUGCAGGACGAGCUCCGACGAGGUAUCUGA